ACAAGACAACGCUCACUUUCUUUUUUUACCCUCGUAGUUUCGCCCCUUCGGAUGGAUGAGCUGGAGUCCAGAUAACCAGUGCGGGAGGGAGCGGCAGGUGUCGGUCCGUCAGCGCGGAUAAUGAGCGGUCUUCGUGCGUCACGGUGCGCUCCGGACUCUCCUCCCUGCCCUGUCAGAUGUUCAGAUGCUCAGCAUGUGAUGCUCCGUCCGUACCCGCUCAGUCUGGACCAAACACUCACCCAAUCUGCUCCGUGGAUAUGCUCAUUUGUCUCUCCGUAUAUCAUCCGACAACCGCGUUCAUUUUAAUCGGAGGACAUCGCUGCAAAAAAUACCCAUACGAACUGGAACCAAGUACUGGACCCUUCAGGCUCUUCCUCAUAGCUUCAUCCAUUCAUCUCUUCUCCCCGCUCCUCUCCUGUCAGUAAUCUCUCUCCUCCUCUCAGUCGCUACCUCUCUGUCCUCUUUUCUUUUUCUUCUUUCUCUCUCUGUGCGUACCCGCUCCCCUUCCCGGACCCCCCAGCCUCCCUGAUGCCUAAGACCAGCAAGGUGGUGCAGCGCGAGCAGAGCCAUGAGCACGUCACGGAGUCGGUGGCCGACCUGCUCGCCCAUGAGGAGCCUCUCGACUACAAGAGCAGCUCCCUGAAUGUGGGAGCGGCCGCAGGGAAGAAGAUCCCUCAGAUAGAAGUUCCCGAGAGCGACGGCCGGCCGGCGUGGAACAGCAAGCUGCAGUACAUCCUGGCCCAGGUGGGCUUCUCCGUGGGGCUCGGAAACGUCUGGCGAUUCCCGUACCUCUGCCAGAAGAACGGAGGAGGUGCAUAUCUGGUCCCUUAUUUCAUCCUCCUCAUCAUCAUCGGCAUCCCGCUCUUCUUCCUGGAGCUGGCUGUGGGUCAGAAGAUCAGACGUGGGAGCAUCGGAGUCUGGAACUACGUCUGUCCGCGUCUCGGUGGGAUUGGGAUGUCAAGUCUGAUGGUUUGUGGUUUUGUGGGUCUCUACUACAACGUCAUCAUUGGUUGGAGCAUCUUCUACUUUUUCCAGUCCUUCCAGUUCCCUCUGCCGUGGAGCGACUGUCCGAUUAGAAAGAAUGGGACAAUAGCCAUUGUAGAGCCGGAGUGUGACAAAAGCUCAGCCACUACAUAUUUCUGGUACCGGCAAACUCUGAACACGACCAGCACCAUCGCAGAGAGCGGCGGCCUCAACAUCAAAAUGACCUUAUCUCUGCUGGUGGCCUGGAUAAUUGUCUGCCUUGCUGUCAUUAAAGGAAUCGCCUCUUCUGGGAAGGUGAUGUACUUCAGCUCUCUUUUCCCCUACGUGGUGCUCUUCUGCUUCCUGGUCAGAGGUUUAAUGCUCAAAGGAUCAGUAGAUGGGAUCGCUCACAUGUUUACUCCAAAGCUGGAGAAGAUGCUGGAGCCGCAGAUUUGGAGGGAAGCGGCCACCCAGGUGUUCUUUGCUCUGGGUUUGGGCUUCGGAGGCGUCAUAGCUUUCUCCAGUUACAACAAAAUUGACAACAACUGCCACUUCGACGCCGUGCUCGUCUCCUUCAUCAACUUCUUCACCUCGAUUCUGGCCACGCUGGUGGUGUUCGCCGUGCUGGGCUUCAAGGCCAACAUCAUGAAUGAGAAAUGUGUCGCAGAAAAUGGAGAAAAGAUCCUGGGAUACCUCAACUCCAACGUCCUGAGUCACGAUCUCAUUCCUCCUCACGUGAACUUUUCCCAUCUCACCCCAUCAGACUACGCUGACGUGUACAGCAUCAUCAGGACGGUAAAGGAGGACGGCUUUGCCCAGCUGGGUCUGGAGCCCUGCGUGCUGGAGGACGAGCUCAACAAGGCAGUUCAGGGCACCGGUCUGGCCUUCAUCGCCUUCACGGAGGCCAUGACCCAUUUCCCAGCAUCCCCUUUCUGGUCUGUAAUGUUCUUUUUCAUGCUAAUCAACCUCGGCUUGGGCAGCAUGAUUGGCACCAUGACUGGCAUCACCACACCCGUCCUUGACGCCUACAAAGUUCAGAAAGAGCUUUUCACAGUGGGCUGCUGCAUCGUGGCCUUCCUCUGUGGGCUGUUGUUUGUUCAGCGUUCAGGAAAUUAUUUCGUCACCAUGUUUGACGAUUACUCAGCCGGUUUGCCCCUCACUGUUGUAGUGAUCCUGGAAAAUGUCUCUGUCGCUUGGAUUUACGGCACCAAACGCUUCAUGCAAGACCUGGAGGACAUGUUGGGUUUUCGACCGUCUAUAAUCUACUUCUACCUGUGGAAGUACGUCUCUCCUCUUUGUCUCAUCGUCCUCAUCUCGGCCACAGUCAUAGAGAUGGCCAUCAGCCCACCUGGAUACAACGCAUGGGUCCAAGACCUGGCUCAGGAACGUUUCCAGAGUUACCCUCCCUGGGCUCUGGCCAUGUGCUUCGCUCUCAUCGUAGUGGCCAUGCUUCCUCUCCCAAUCGUCUUCAUCGCACGCCACUUCAACUUGAUGUCAGACGGCUCCAACAAGCUGUCUGUCUCCUACCGUAAAACCAUGAUGAAAGACAUCUCCAACCUUGAGGAGCAGGACGAGGCCAGAUUCAUCCUCGGGGCCAAGCCCGGCGACACGCCAUUGUCAGGCGUGGCCCGCAAACCCUACGUCACUCCUGCAGGGAACAAAUCUGUGGAUCCCAACUCUCUGUCUCCAAACGUCUGCUACGGCACGAGCUACCAAAACGCUGCGAUAAGUCCCACGACACCAACAACGCCGCCCACACCUCUCACACCUCUCACACCAGAGUCAGACUCUUGACUUUCCUCUUACUAAAACCAAUCCAACAUGCAGUUUAGUUUCCAGCCUUUUCCCUGCUGAUAUUACAAAACCUUCAAAACAAUGUUUUGAAGUGUGUACAACACAGAAAAUUUAAGUGGUCGCCUAGUUUUUCUAUAGAGUACACGCUUCAAAACACAGUUGUUUGUUGUUGUUUUUUGGCUUUUUGUGAUCAGAUCGAAGCCAUACACUGGGUAAAACAAGGUAUUGUUAGUCCAAUAUGCAGUGACUCUGAAAUGAACACACACAAAAAACAUCUAACAAAAACUACAUUUAGUUUUCUGAAUGUGUUUCUGUGUGAUAUUUGUAUAAGGCUGCUGUAAAGAUGUACAAAUCUGUUUCAUUCAGACCCAAAGUUAAUCACCUUCAGGAUUUUAUGUAGCGAUCUUUGUUCAGUCUGUAAAUAUUGAUGUACAGUUAGUUAUAGAAGCCUGUAGAUUUUACUAUGUGGAGAUUAAAGCACCAAUGUUAUUCUCUAUCACACACACACACACACACACACGUUAUGUAGAAGUUAAUCGUUUUAGAUUCUCCACCAAAGAGUGAAAACAAACAAAACACUUGAAUUCAGGCAAAAAAUGUGAGCCUCACAUGUGUUUAGUUGGAGUAAAAGUUUAUUUUAUUGGUUUUAUUUUAUACUCAUGAGACUGGAACACAUACCUGUAUGGUAUGUUUCAUAUGUGUGGAAGGCACAAGAUGUUCCUGCUAAUCUGAAGUCAAAUCUGUUUGAUUGAUGCUACAAAAACACAUGUAUUUUUACAGUUUAUGUGCACAAGUAAAUCACAGAUUGUAAUUGUUUUAUUGGUACACAGAUGCACAAUUCAAAAUGUACUCCUAUAACUAACAACAUCUUCCUUUCCACUUCCUGGCUUCCCUGGUAACAAUGUGUGAAAAGCUACAAAAUGUUUAAAUCUCUAUUGUAGCAGCUUGAUUUUACUAAAAAAAAAAUCUUUGACAAAAUAAUUCUUCAGUUCCUGUAAACUUAUUCACUGUGCGCAAAAACAUUACCACUAGAAAAUAAUUGUUUUUAAUAAAAUAGUGUUUUUUGCAAUAAAUGCAUUGAUCAAAGUGUCUAAAAACUUUAAUUUCGAUAUAAAUUUGACAUGACAGAAGUGUUGAGAUUUGUAGUUGGACCCAAAUGCAAACCUCAAAGUGGCAGCAACACAGUGAUGGUUAUUGAGUUAAAGAAAAUAUUUUAAAAACAAGAGAACCAAAAAAAAAAAAACUGUGAAAGCAGCAAAAACAUGAUGGGAAUCAAGAGAUACUGAGAGGUUUUUCACCCUGGAGGGUUAAUGAAUGACGCCAAAACCAGGUGUGACGAAUCAGGAGAAUGUGAUGCAUCGGAGAGUAAAACCUGGUUAUAUAAACUGAGGGAAUGUGACUAAUGAAUACAGAAAUAAACACAGGAAGCUGAAUAAGAGCACAAAGUGAUCUACAAAGCACAUGAUAUGACUCUAAACCAACAUACAGAGAGCAGAAUAC